CCCUACUUCUGAUUCAUCACCAAAAUCAAAUCCUUCCUCUUUAAAAUCUUUCGCUUAGAUCCCCUGGUUCUAGCUGUUCUUUAAGUCUUUAUCUCAACUCAAACAUAUACCACCAAAAUGAGUGUGGAAGUUUUGGACGGUGCCACCAUUGUCAACUUUGUGGAGGACGAGGAAGCAUUCACUAUGUCAAUACGUGAACGUUUUGCCCACCUCGACAUUGACCAAGAUGGUCUGCUUUCCUACACAGAAAUGUUAAAGGAGCUGCAGAGUCUGAGGGUUUUCGAGACUCACUUUGGGAUAGAUGUGAAGAGAGAACCAGAAGAACUGGCUCGAGUAUAUAGCUCUCUGUUUGAGCAGUUCGAUCAUGACUUGAAUGGAAGAGUGGAUUUGGAGGAGUUCAAGCAAGAGACGAAGAAGAUGAUGCUGGCCAUGGCUAAUGGGAUGGGUUUUUUGCCUGUUCAGAUGGUGUUGGAAGAAGAUAGUCUCUUGAAGAAAGCUGUGGAGAGGGAGUCUACUUCUGCUCGUACUGUGGCUGCUGCUUAAAUUUUUGGCAUUCUCUACAUCUAUAUAUGAUAUUUCUACAGCAACUUUAUCAUCCUUUCUAUUUUUCCACCUUUGCUUUCGCAUGAGUUGAAAGUCUAGUUCAUGUUCGUUUUUGUUUUCUUUAAUUUUCCCAUUGUAUUCUAACUUCUAAGCUUCGAUCUUUUACCAAUUAAAAAUAAAAGUUUUGAUAUGUUACUGA